CGCUCUCCUGUGGUUGAAGGUGCCGGGGAGUGAGGGAGCAGUGGACACAUGGAGGUGCUGGCCAGAGGCAGGCUGACAGCUGGGGCAGGGGCAGGGGGCAGGGCUGGCCUCGGUUUGCAGCCUGCUCACGUGGGGGGCUCCCGCUGCUUCGGGGUGUCCCAGCCCCCACCUGUCCCCUUCAGUGGGAUCCUGCCCCACCUGGGCCCCUUAUUACUGCUCAGAUUGGGGGCUGCCUGUCAGAGCCGGGUGGGCGUCUCGGCUUCCUGCCCAGCCGAGCCCAGGAAUGCCCCGAUGGGUGGGGUUGGUGCUUCUGCCUUGAGUUUGACAGGUUUUAGGUAGUCCUGGCUUAUGCCCCCAGGGUCACAUUUUAAGUGAGGUUUAGGCACCCCAACCGGGAGUUUGCAGCAAGCGGUCCUGUGAGCCUGUGAGUGCAGCGUGGUGGGCCUGGCUGUCCUGAGAACCCCGGCCCAGGCUGGGAAGCGGGGGCGCUGCCCAGCUCUGCCCGGGCCCCGCGGCUCUGCUCUGUGUUAAAGAGCAAGUCCCUGGGCUGUACCAGGGCCGGGAGUCCUGGAUCCCUGAGUGACGGAGCCAUCCCCGCCCAGGAGGCCCUGUCCCCCUUGUCCGCGUGUGCGGUGGUGUGCACGUGUGUCCACACAGGCUGCCACACUGAAGGUGCGCAGGUGCGCAUGCCCACCUUCGAUGCCCUGGAGCACCUGCCGAGACAUUUCUGAGUUCUUUCCCUUUUGCAAAGUGAGUGGUAGCGCCCUGUGAGCACAGCGAGCCCGCGUCCCGCAGGUCCUGGUCAGCGCAGGCCUGGGCAGGGGGGAGGCCCACGACACACGCCAGCCUGCAGGCGGUCAGCACAGGCCUGGGCAGGAGGGAGGCCCACGACACACGCCACCCUGCAGGCGGUCAGCACAGGCCUGGGCAGGGGGGAGGCCCAUGACACACGCUAGCCUGCAGUCCUGGUCAGCACAGGCCUGGGCAGGAGGGAGGCCCACGACACACGCCAGCCUGCAGGCGGUCAGCACAGGCCUGGGCAGGAGGGAGGCCCACGACACACGCCAGCUUGCAGGCGGUCAGCACAGGCCUGGGCAGGAGGGAGGCCCACGACACACGCCAGCCUGCAGUCCUGGUCAGCGCAGGCCUGGGCAGGAGGGAGGCCCACGACACAUGCCAGCCUGCAGUCCUGGUCAGCACAGGCCUGGGCAGGAGGGAGGCCAACGACACACGCCAGCCUGCAGUCCUGGUCAGCACAGGCCUGGGCAGGAGGGAGGCCCAUGACACACGCCAGCCUGCAGGUGGUCAGCACAGGCCUGGGCAGGGGGGAGGCCCACGACACACACCAGCCUGCAGGUGGUCAGCACAGGCCUGGGGCAGGAGGGAGGCCCAUGACACACGCCAGCCUGCAGGUGGUCAGCACAGGGGCAGGGGCAGGGGGGAGGCCCACGGCACACGCCAGCCCGCAGGUGCGUGUGGAAGGGGAGUGGCCCCGGGAAAGCCACGGGAAAGGCGAGAUCUUCAGGGAGGGAGUGGCGUGAGCGCACGGGGGAGGAGGAGGCAGGUGCACCCUGCUGCAUCACAGAAGCUGUUUGAACGGCCGUGGGCUGAGUGGGAGGCCAGGCUGGACCAUGCGCCCAGCUGUGCUGAACACAGCUAAACACGGGUGGUGUCUUCCUCAGGGGGGCUCCCGGGCCAUCACAGCCACGUCCAGGGCUGACCUGGGGAGCAGGCUCCGGGAAGCCUCAGACCCCCAGGUCUGCGCACGCUGUGGCCCAGGAGCACGCGCGCCAGGUCAGUGGCUGCAUUUCGGGCUGGGCCCUCCAGGGUGAGCAUUCAGGGUUGCUCUGCUGGGCCCCGACAUGCACAGAGCCCCACAGGCAGCGAGCGGGCUCCGUGUGUGCACGGUCCUGUGACUUCAGCCCGCUUCCAUCACCUGGAGACAUGCCAGCCACGCGGCCCACUUCCAUCACCAGGAGACACGCCAGCCACACGGUCCACUUCCGUCACACAGGAGACACGCCAGCCACGUGGCCCACUUCCGUCACACGGGAGACACAACAGCCAUGUGGCCCGCUCCUGUCACAUGGGAGACACGCCAGCCACACGGCCCACUUCCGUCACAGGGGAGACACGCCAGCCACACGGCCCACUUCCAUCACACGGGAGACACACCAGCCACGCGGCCCGCUCCUGUCACACAGGAGACAUGCCAGCCACACGGCCCACUCCUGUCACACGGGAGACACGCCAGUCACACGGCCCACUUCCGUCACAGGGGAGACACGCCAGCCACACGGCCCACUUCCGUCACACGGGAGACACGCCAGCCACACGGCCCGCUCCUGUCACACGGGAGACACACUAGCCACACAGCCCGCUUCAUCACCGGGAGACACACCAGCCACGUGGCCCGCUUCCAUCACCGGGAGACACACCAGUCACACGGCCCACUUCCAUCACCGGGAGACACGCCAACCACGCAGCCCGCUCCCGUCACAUGGGAGACACACCAGUCAGACGGCCCACUUCCAUCACCGGGAGACAUGCCAGCCACGCGGUCCACUUCCGUCACAUGGGAGACACACCAGCCACGCGGCCCACUUGCGUCACCAGGAGACACGCCAGCCACGCGGCCUGCUCCUGUCACACGGGAGACACAUUUUGCACCCACCUGUACGCCCUUGCUGGUGUCAGCCGCCCUCCCUGUGACAUGGAGGACUGUCCGGGCGCCCACCGCCCCGCCGCUGCUGCCUGGGCUGCGGGUUCUCUGGCUGAGUCAUGAGUGUUCUGUGUGUCCUGGAGCCGGAGCCUCAUCAAACACGAAGCCCGUGGGAAAGCGGAGCCGCGCUUAUCUUGGUGCAGUGAGCGGUCUUCCCAGAGCCCAGGGACGCGCUCCCUGUGCGUCUGUCAGAUCCCCUCUUCCGGGAGUCUCCAAGUGCCUGCCCAGGCUGUCUGUGUCUGUGUGUGCAGUGGGCGCCGCAAGGCGGACCAGUGACGUUCAGCGGCCGAGAGGCUGGGAGGGGACGCUGUGGGAGAAAGCUGUUCCCGGUUCUCGGUGA